AUAAAGGUGAACAAAAGUUUUAAUGAGCUAGACAAACAUUAAAUUAAGAUUCGAGUGCUUUAAUGAACCACCACGGUAAAUGAUUUAAUUCUUCAUUUUAAAAGUAAACACUUAUUUGGUUUGUUUGUGUCGAAAUCAGAAAAGGCUUGUAUAUUUCAGAAAACUGAUCAACAGCUUAUGGCUGGUACGCCUUCAACACAAAAUGGAAAAAAAGAUUUUCAGGACUAUUUCCGUAAACAUUUAAGACGAAAUAAAAUCAGACAAAAUAAUGCAAGUGAAAAUGAUCUCUCAACAAAUCAGCAAAACACUGCACACAGAUACAAUGGACAACAAUCUCAGUGUGAUAUUCUUGGAAUCUUAAUUGAUAAACCAAAAUACAGACAAUAUGGGACUCCUGAAUCUAGAAUUGCAUCAUUCGUGAAUUGGCCCGAAAGUAAAACACGGGAUAAAAAUCAACUAGCCGCAGCUGGUUUUGCCUAUACGGGCGUGGAUGACUCCGUAAGGUGUUUUUAUUGUGGUAUUGGUCUAAGAGACUGGCCAGAAGGUGCUUGUCCUUGGGAACAGCAUGUUCUGGCGAGUCACGCUUGCGGUCAUGUGAUUCAAUGUAAAGGUAAAGGAUAUAUUAGAAAAAUUCUAGGAGAACACAGUCAAGAUUCCGACGAGGAAAUUGAUGAUUCAGAUGAUGUUGUGGACACCGUGCAGUUAGCUUUAGCUAGGAACGAGGAUGCAGUUAGUGCUGCAAGGGAAUUUUAUACAGAUGAAGUGAACAUAAAAAGAGCUAUAAAAACGCUAAUAAGUAAAGACUUACAGAGGAAUUUUUCAGCAGUUGAACUCGUGAAAACCAUACAAGAAAUUAAAGAGAGAAGUGUAAAGACAAAUCAAACCGAACAAUUUCUUGGUGAUGAAGCGCUAAAUGAUAUUGAAACAGACGGAGACUCUUCAGAAUCAGAGGAGGAUAUUGAAGAAAGUAAUAGAAAGUUAAAAGAUCCAAUAACUUGUAAAAUAUGUUUUGAUGCAAUUGCGUGUAUUAUUACACUACCCUGUGGACAUAUGGUUUGUUGCAGUCAAUGUAUUUCAGCACUCACUAAAUGCGCUAUUUGUAGAGCACAAAUAAAAGGCACUGUCCGAGCUCGUAUGGCCUUUAGAGGACUUUCAGAAUUAUUUCCGAAAACGUUUAAGUCGAAAUCAAGUAAGUCGAGUAAUACGCAUGGAGCCGAAAUCUCCACAAAUCCGCGAAACAAAUCACCACGACGCAGUGGAGAACACUCUCAAUGUGAUAGCCUAGGAAUCUUAACUGAUAAGCCAAAAUACAAACAAUAUGGGACUCUUGAAUCUCGAAUUGGAUCAUUUGUAAAUUGGCCUGAGAAUAAAACACAGGAUAAAAAUCAACUAGCAUCAGCUGGUUUUGCAUAUGCGGGCGUGGAUGACUCCGUUAGGUGUUUCUAUUGUAGUAUUGGUCUGAGAGACUGGCCAGAAGGUGCUUGUCCUUGGGAACAGCAUGUUCUGGCAAGUCCCGCUUGCGGCCAUGUGAUUCAAUGUAAAGGUAAAGGAUAUAUCAGAAGAAUUCUAGGAGAACAUUGUCAAGAUUCCGAUGAAGAAGUUGACGAUUCAGCUGAUGUUGUGGACACUGUGCAGUUAGCUAUAGUAAGGAACGAAGUGGCUGUGAUUGCUGCAAGGGAAUAUUGUACGGAUGAUGAUAUCAUAAAAAGAGCUAUUAAAUCAUUGAUAAGGAAGGACAUACACAAAAAGUUUUCUGCAGUUGAACUAGUGAAAACUACACAAGAAAUUAAAGAAAGAAAUGUAAAGACAAAUCAAACCGCACAACGUCCUGGUGAUGAAGAGCAAGACGGUGUUGAAACAGAUGGAGAUUCUUCAGAAUCAGAAGGGGAUAUUGAAGAAACUAAUAGAAAGUUAAAAGAUCCAAUAACUUGUAAAAUAUGUUUUGAUGCAAUUGCAUGUAUUAUUACACUACCCUGCGGUCAUAUGGUUUGUUGCAGUCAAUGUAUUUCAGCACUCGCUAAAUGCGCAAUUUGUAGAGCACAAAUAAAAGGUACUGUACGAGCUUGUAUGGCCGUAUAGUAUUUUGUAUUACAUGUUUGAACAUUAAAUUACUAUAGACAGUUUUAACAUUACGUAUUUUCUGGAAAUAACAUUCAACGAAGAAAUAUACAUAUUUUGUAUUAGAUAUAUUAUCGGGGUUUUUUUUACCUUUUCUUUUCUUAAAUGAGUAAGUUUAUUAUAAUUGAUUAAUCUGUUUGACAUUUUAGAAUGUGAACCGUCAAGGCUGUCGUCAUUCAUGUAAAUGAUUUUAAUAUUUUCAUAUCUGCGUUAGUGUUAAGUGAGAACUUUAAGAUAUUAUUAAAUUGUGUAUAGCA